GAGGCUUUACUCCUCACACUUUCACUACAGCUCCACUAGGACUUACUACUUUCUCUGAAAGCUCAGCAAACCACUGCAGCUGAUCUCUUUGUGUUUCUUACCUAUUUAUUACACUAGCAAGUUAGUUAUGGCAUUUUUACCCAGAGCCCAUCUUCUGCUGCUGCUUGCAGUAGUUUGUAUUCAACUGAGUGGAGUCCUAGCUGAUGGACCUGACAGGUGCUGGUGUUUGAACAGUUUGAAGAAACGUGUCCCAAGAGAAGAAAUUGAAGAAUUCUCUAUUUUCCCCCGAAGAUCAAAGUGUGACAACGUUGAAAUCAUAUUGACACUAAAACCUGUGAAUAACUCAACUGAAGUCGUCCAGCGCUGCUUGAGUCCAGAAACAAAACAAGGAAUUAACCUGCAGGCUUGCUGGAACAAGAAGAACACCAACAACACUUCCCCAUUUAAGAUAUCCAACUGCUUCUAAAGCCAUAAAUGAAAGUGCAGAAGAGCACAGGAGGACAGAAGGGGGGAUCUGGAAACUCUAGAAACCCUGUAAGUGGAAUGUCUGUCACAUGACCCCGCACUGGCCAAUCAGAAUCCUGGGUUUUGAGUGUUGGCCUCAUGCAGCUGAUGGGAAAUCACAGAAGACCUGAAAACACCCGGAGCACUGCCAGUAACCGCCGGACGCAGAUGUUAUCGGCAAAAGCAUUUGGAUUAGAAUUCUCUUGCUGUAUGACUGAAGCACUGAAUGUAUCAUUACUCCAAACAGUAUUUAAAUGACUAUAUUUAAAUGGUUUUAUAAUUUAACUUAUUUUAUAAUGUCAAAAGUUAAAAUGUGUUUGACUAUUUUUGUCUGACAAGGCCCUUUAAUGUCAUAUGUGAUGUGUUAGAACUGACUGAGUCACAUUACAAUGUUUCUUUGACAUGACAUUUUAUAACACGUGAAAUACAUUUUGAGGCUACCAAACAAAAUAUUUUCAUAAUGGAAGCUACUUUAUACAAUUUUGCAAUAAAAGCCAAUUUCAAGUUAGUCUGCACAUUUAUUGUCCAAAUCCAUUAUAUUUUCCUCUUGAUAUGAGAAUGUGCGUAUGAUUAAUUGUAUAGGAAACAUGUAGCAGUAUUGCAUAGAUAAUAGACGUGGAGGAAGAUCAGAGAUUUUAUCCUUCUGAAGUAUCUUCACACUAUUUGCAGACUAUUAUGUGUAGAUUUUACACGAGCCCCAUCUACUGGUCAUGUCUAUAAAUGUACACUCAAAAUGCCUAGGUGUUAGUUUGACGAUUGACAAAAUAAUUAUUUAGCAGAUGCGUUUAUCCAAGUGUCUUGCUUAAGGGUGUGUGGUUCAAACCUUUUCGGCUUCCAGCCCAGACCUUUAACCACUAUGUCAAUUAAUUGAAUUAAAAAUGUGUUAAAAUAGAUACUGAGUAAAAAUUCAAGAAAACACAAUUUCACAUCAUCACACAUAUACAGCUCAUUAUAUUUACACGCUGUUAGACAACAGAAUGAAAUAAGCAGGGGGAAAUACUUUGCUUUUUUAUUUUAAA